CUUCUGUCAUGGCAUCUUCUGGGUCUUUGAAAGUGCAUAGAGGGCACAGUCUCCAAGCUGGUCCUAAAGGCGGCUAUGAGAUGCUAACACUUACUUCAGAACCUGGAACUCCUACUAGCCUUGAGGAACCUGAAGGGGCGGUAGGUUAUUCAGCUGACGUCCCUACAUCAGAUCGACCUCACAGCGAGGCAGCCACCUAUGUUAAUAUUCCUGUCAGCCCUACUUCCAAAAAACAGCUUCAUUACAUGGAACUGGAGCUUCAAGAACAUAGCACAAGCAUAAGAGGGAGUGGAUCAUCCCGAUAUGCACAGAUUGACAUUGCAGCCACCGAGACAGCCCACAAAGUGGGAACACAGCAUGCUCAGUGCCGGGAGGAACGCUUGCAGGAGCUAGAACAGAAGAAGAAAGGGGCUCAGCAGUGACCUGUCUAGGAAAGGACUUUUUGCUCAUCCUAAAUUGGUACUAAUUUAUCUUCCAAAAGGUUCACAUUUAUUGUAAAAAAUACUUGUACAAAAUGCUGCCAUUGCUCAUCGCAUUUAUACCAGAUUCAUUCCAAUAUCUUGAUUCCUAAUUGGAAAGCUGGUAGCAUGAAGCGGGUGUGUGGUCUUUUUAUUUAAAUUUGGUUGUAAAGUCCAGAUUUGUGGGUUGGUUUUUUUUCUCAUAUGCAAUGACAGAUGUAAAUUACCUUUUUCUAUAACUUUAAAUCCUGGAGAACCUGGAACCAAAUCCAGUGUUCAUUAAAUGGUGGCAUUUUCUUUAAAACUAAAGAACUUGAAUG